AUGGGGCACUCCCACAGGAGGAUAUCCUUGGGCGCCAAGGGUCGGGCGACAGAAUUUGCAUCGAAGAAGCGCAAACCCGAGAGCAACAACACAAACGGCUAUGGCGUGGCAAACGGCGCAGCACCGGCAGCAGAUGAUAAAGCGAUUCUCUUCGACUCUACCACAAAAGCAUGGAAGAUAGAUCCGGCUGUCAGUUUCUCAAUACCACAGCGCAAGAAAUUGACGUUGGAGUUGGUGUCGGGUAAAGGAGGCGGCGUCAGGACCAUCGGCGCAAGCGGAAGUGUUGAAUUCAGUGUCGCGUGGAAGGAUGUUGAUAUAUCGAAUGUUCUGUCUACCUGUUCCCGAAAAAGGAAAGCACCAGCACAAUUUCAUCGUUCUCCCAUUCCACGCCGACAGCGUGAACCUACUACUGAGAACAUUAAUCUACCCCUCCAGAACCUAUCCUGAACACUUUCGAAUGAGCAACAGGGAAGAAUAUAAUUAAGUAUGAAGAUCAGGCCUAACACCUUUUGCGGAGGCAAUAGACGAGUGUUUGAAGGCAGCUGGUGUGCGGAAGCGCGCAACCUUCCCCACC